AUGGUGACCGUGCCAUUGACCUCCAACUCAGAACACACACAGCCCGACUGGCGCACCCUCGACAUUCCCAAGACCCCCGUUGACGUGACGUCCCCGACACGAGAGCAUUCCGCAACGGAUGAAGAUGACUCGAAGAUCACGCCAACUCAGGAUCAGGAAUUGGCGCGAUCGGACCUAGAACCCAGCUCGAAUCGCGGUGAUGCCAGCUCGACAAGAUCACGCAACAGCGAAUACCGCGACAGAAAGGAUGAUACCGUGGACUGGGAAGAGCUGGAGAAAACCGAAGAGCAGGAACCCCGAUGUGAAGGGUCGGAUGAGUCAACCGCUCUUCUCCUGGCGCGGCUGGAGCAGGAAAACAACGCCCUUGCGACGAACCCCAAGUCCGGCUUGGCGAGCAAGUCGCACGUCAAGCGAGCAACCCGACCAUCCCGUUCCCAGUCACUGCAUCAUAUCAAGCGAUUGAUUGACGAGGACCCCCGUUCGUCGUUACGGUAUUCGCAACUUCCCCCCCCACCAAUGACCGAACUCGAGUUUUGGGCCGCCUUGGUCGCCGAUUACCCCCAGACAGCCCAGCGAUUGCCGACGUUGACAUCGAACAAGAUCAGGGGUGGUGUCCCCCCUCCACUGCGUGGUGUGGUGUGGCCCAGCUUGGCGGGCGCCCGGGAUAAUACGUUGUUGGCCGAGUACCAGCGACUGUGCGGCGAGACGAGUCCGUAUGAGGGACUGAUAGGCAAAGACAUCGGUCGCAGCUUUCCCAACGUGGAGAUGUUCCGGGACCCGAAUGGCGAAGGACAGCAGAUGCUCGCGCGCGUGUUGAAGUGCUUCAGCCUCUACGACACGAAGAUUGGCUACUGUCAGGGACUGGGUUUUGUUGUGGGCCCCUUGCUAAUGCACAUGACGGAUGCUGAGGCAUUCUGCGUGCUUGUUCGGUUAAUGGAUCAUUAUGACCUCCGGACGUGCUACCUUCCCGAUCUAUCUGGGCUGCAUCUCCGCGUGUACCAAUUCCAGAACCUCCUUGCCCGUCUUCGACCCACUUUAUUUGCGCACCUGGAGUCGCUGAAUGUCGAACCAGUCUAUGUGUCGCAAUGGUUCUUGUCGUUCUUCGCAGUCGCAUGUCCGCUCCCAAUGCUUCUCCGGAUCUACGACGUCAUCUUCCUAGAGGGAGCCUGCGAGACCCUGAUGCGCGUCGCUCUGUCACUGAUGACUCGAAACGAGAAGAAAAUCAUGGCAUGCGCCGAGUUCGAAGAUGUCAUGCAACUGUUGCUGUCAAGGAGUCUGUGGGAUACGUACGCCUGCCACGCGGAAGACUUUGUCAACGACUUCGUCUCUCUCACCUCCCUCGUCACCAAAGAAAGUCUUCAAGCUCUAGAAACCAGCUACAACCAGUCUCAGGGAGUACCGACGGGCAUCACCUUCCCCCAGAUGCAAGCUGCGGCAUCUCGCUUCCUCGGCCGGCUUUGGGCAGGAUCCAGCUCGCACAGCUCCUCCAAAUCCAUCACCCUGAACCCCAACAACGCCAGCGCCGCCCACGUAGCCAGCAUCCGACGCUCCACGUCCAAGCAAAGCAUGACAUCCACCCUCAACUCGGUUGAAUCGGCAUCCGACGCCAGCACGGCGCCCACAGAACUCUCAACCGAUGCCCUCAAACCGCGCGUCAAAUCGGUCAUGUCACAGCACAAAGACCGGGACCUGCACACGCAAAUCGAAGACCUCCUCAUGGCCCUCAGCGACCUCCAACGCCAACACGCCGACCUCACCCUGGAACUGCAACAGGAGCGCGAAGAGCGCGAAGAAGACCAAGCCCUCGCCAAAUCCAUGCUCCAAUACAUCAAAGACACCUCCGACGAUCCACCCAUGGAUCUCGUGCACAAGGCCGACGCGCGCUUCGCCAUGGUCGAAUCCACCAAGCGUGCCGACCAGAGCAAACACCAACUCCGCGACGACCUCACGCGGUGGAAAGAAAUGCACGCCCAGGAAUCCAGCCGCUGCAAGAGCCUGACCCGACGCAUCGACGACCACGAGAAGGCCAACACCUCCCUCCGCGACGAACUCCGCGAAGCCCGCGGCCGCAUCCAAGACAGCUACCGCGAGCGCCAGCGUCUGGAACGAUUGGUGCGCGAGCUCCGCACGAUCAAAACCAAGACCCGCAACUCCAACCCCGACUCGUCCCCUGAAACCUACGCCUCCCCCACCAGCGACACCAGCGAGGGAUACACCGGCACAGGGGGCCUCCGAGAACUCAAGCUCGUGCGCACCAACUCACAGCUCAGCCAACGGAGCACAAAGACCUUCGCAAAACGAUCCAGCAGCCUGGGUAUGCAGACCAUGCUCGCCUCAGACAACAACACCAAACCCACCCCCGUCCCCGAAACCCCUGUCUCCGAAACCCCCGCCUCCGAAACACCCGCCGCCGCCCCCGACGAAUCCCUCCUCCUCGAACUCGUCAACGCAAAGACCGCGGAAGCCGUCGCGCGCCAGGAACUCGAAGAAGUCAAGGGCCAGCUGGACUCCAUGCGCAAGGUCAUGGCGCGGAACGGAAUCACACCGGAACCUCGACAUUCGUUCCUGGGCCGUUCAUCCACUGUGGCUGUCCCGCCCACGAAGGCGCCGGCCGAGCCGGCCAACGGGGGCGGGCUGUUCAGUGGGUGGGGACGACGGGCGGUGUCGACUAGCAAUGAGUCGCUUGAGGGAAGGUAG